GAGACAAAUUAACGGCUUUGGCGAAUUAUUGUGUUGCCGGGGUAGCCGAUAUAGCUCUUCCAUUUUGUCGAACGUCGACAGAACUUAUUUAAGGUCUGUUGACAAGGUUCUGUGCGCGACGGGAUCUGGGGUAGGAGAUGAUGGAAUACAUGAACGAUAAGUUCGCAUUGAAAAGUCAAGCGAUUAAGGGCAGCGACUACUACAUGGGCUCUGGUGGCGCGCUGGACCAAGUUAUGGAGAGUUUGGACAGUGUGCAGUACUACAGCAAGACAUCGCCCAAGUGUGUGCAGGCCUUCGGGAUACAGAGCAGCGAGCACCACCCGCGAAUGGAGCAGUCCUCGCCUUGUGGAGACCAAAACGCGAAUUAUGGUGUCCCGAAAACGGAAGAUACCUUGCACGCGGACCUUGGAAGGUCGAUCGACAACUGUUGCAAUCUGAGGUCCUCGCCGGUAACGGCAGGUCAGGAGAAAACGGAUUUGGACGAAAUGGGUGACAAGUGUGACAGUAACGUAUCGAGCAGUAAGAAGAGGCGGCACAGGACGACAUUCACGAGCGCACAGCUAGAGGAGUUGGAGAAGGUGUUUCAGAAAACUCAUUACCCAGAUGUUUAUGUGAGAGAACAGCUGGCGAUGAGGACUGAACUAACGGAGGCCAGAGUGCAGGUGUGGUUUCAAAACAGAAGAGCCAAGUGGAGAAAAAGAGAACGUUACGGACAGAUUCAACAGGCAAAAAGUCACUUUGCAGCCACAUACGAUAUAUCAGUGUUGCCAAGAACAGACAGUUACUCUCAGAUCCCCAACAACCUGUGGCCCAGCCCUGCUCCCAGUGGCUCUGUGGUCUCCUCCUGCAUGCUUCCCCGUGGAUCUCCCCCAUGUGUCACCUCCUAUUCCCACUCCCCCCGCUCUGCAGCCGACCAUGGGUACGUGGGCUUCCCCAACCAGCAGAACCAGUUUGGACACGUCUCCCUCAACAACUUCUUCACGGCCGACUCCCUCCUCACGCCCUCGCCCAAUGGACACCCGUUCGAGACCAAGCCCGAGUUUGAGAGACGCUCGUCCAGCAUCGCCGUGCUGCGGAUGAAGGCUAAAGAACAUGCGGCCAACAUAUCCUGGGCCAUGUGAUAGUGAUUGUGAAUGUCUCUUCUGCAUGUCCAGCCAGCCAACUGACUCACAGCCACUCUAACUUUAACAUUACUACUGCGCACGUUUAUAACCCCCAAUGUUGACUGACAGAAAUCUGACUGUGACACUGAUUGAUUGAAGAGGACCUCCAGAAGUCUGAAUAAUGUAGGCCUAGAUGCUGAUGACUGACUGGUUGUCUCCUAGACUGGAGAGACAUGAUGCCUCUCCAUGGAGCCAAUAAACUGUGAACUUGUUGGUCAAAAGAGUCAAAUGUCAGAGGAGAUAAACUGCUUCAAGGUUAUUAAAGGUCUGCUCAUCGAGGUUGAGCAGUGCAUUUCAGUUCAUAACACACAGAUGAAGCUUACUUUCAGGUUAACACCCAAUGUUAAACAAUGCAUUGCUGAAAAUGUGCCCCUCUGUGACUUGACCACUCUGAGCCAGUUUGAGCACUCCAUUAAGCAUACUUUGUGUGUCCAGGAAAUCGUCCCUCAAAAGAUCAAUUACAGAAUGUCCUAUAAGCUGAGGACAGUGUGAAUAUUAUAAUUCCCUGUGCUUUGUAAUUCCAUUGCCCUACAGACGGGUUGCCUGACAACGGCACUAAAACUAUGCAUGCGCAUCGCAGAGGCAGAAGGCUGUGUGUUGUUAUGAUUCUGGACGGUCAGAUAGCUAGCAACAAUGACAAGAAGCUGCCAUGUGGGGAAUCGUAGGUGGCUCGUUUCAGCUCGUUGU